AUGAGUUUUGAUUAAAUAUUGUUAUCUCGACCACUUUAUAGUCCAAAUAACAAAUAUCAGGCUCUCACUGUUCAUUCACAUAAUCCAACACCUUUUAGUAUUACUACAUAGGUUUCUCCUAUUGAAUCUCCAAGAAUAGGAGAUAUUUCAUCAAUUCCUAAGAGUUCAGAAAGAGGAUAAUUGUAUGAGAAAUUAAAAGCAAAUGUGAAAAAUUAAGAUGUUAUAAAGUCUGUUUAAAAUGAUAUUAAAGGUUAGAAGGUUAGAGAUGCUUAUAAUUUAUUAUCUGAUUUUAAUGAUAAAAAAUAGAUAAUUUAAUCUUUAAAAUCAUUAUCGACUGCUGAAGAACGGUAAUUUUAUAUAAAUUGAUUAAAAUCUAGAAUUCUUUUAAUUGAUAAAAUUUUGGAGAGAAAAGAAGAAAUGUAAAUAGCAACUUUAAGAUUAAAAGCAAAAAAAUUAGAACCAAUUUUUAAUGUAAUUAGAAGAAAAUUAAAACUGAAACAAAGAUUAAAUUCAUCUGCUGAUAAAAUGAAGAAAUAAUCAAUAAUUGGAUAUAAACCAAUAGAUCCUCCUAGUGAAAUACCAAAUUCAACGUAACAUUAUGCAAUUAUAGAUGAAUAACAUUAAAUAUAGGAUGAAAAUACAAGAAAAGAAUUAGUUAUGGAAAAGAUAUAAGCUAAAUAUGCAGCCACUGUUGCUUUCUCUUGGUUAACUAAUAGAAAUGAAAAAUAAGGUAUGUAUAAUUAUUUUAAUCUAAUUUGAGAAUCUAUAAUCAAUAAUUUAUCUCCAGAAACUAUCAAAAGAAAUAAUAGAAGAAACACUACUUUAAAAUAAAGUCAUAAAGGAAUAACUGGUUUAAAAUAGAUGAUUACUAAAAAAGUGAGUGAAAAUUCUGAUGAAAUGAUUAGACUAGGACAAUUAAAAAUGUUAGAAAAUCAAUAAAAAUUCUAUAAAUCAAAGGAAAUAAUAGCAAAAUCAAAACCUAAGAUAGACACUGGUAGAGUAAAGAGUGUAUAAGUUAAUAGAUCAUUAAGAAAAAAAUAGACUUUAGAUUUCUUUACUAAUGAAAGAAAAGAAAAUUCAGAGUUAACACAAAAAAUUGCAAAUGAAAAAAGUAAUUUCAUGUUUAGGAGAAGGUUAAUUGUUAAUGAUUGA